UUAAUAGGAAGUUUCAUGGACGAUUGGUUGAAGGAAAUUCACCUUUGGUUAAUCAUCGCUGAAAUAAAUUCUCAUUCCGAAUUUUUGAAGCACCUUCUAUUGAGCAACAGAGAUCUCAAACUCGAUAUGUACCAUCUGGUGUUUCCUUCUGUGCAGGUGCAUCCUUGUGGUCAGUAUCGCAAGAAUUCGGUGAUCAGCAUUUUGGAGGCUGAACAUAAGACCGGUCCCCUCUUUCCUGUGCACCGCUUGGAUCGGUUAGUUUCAGGACUUCUCAUCUUAGCACGGAAUUCUCGUACAGCAGAUUUUUUUCGGCAAGAGAUUGAAGCUGGAGUUGUUCAGAAGCAAUAUGUGGCUAAGGUGAAGGGCGUUUUCCCAGCAGAGGAGGUGGAGCUGAAUGCUGCAGUGAUCUAUGAUCCUCGUGAAGGCAGAAGUUCUGUGGAGGUUCGAGCCCGUCCUGCAAAAGAGAUCGCAGUUGAGAUUGAAUCAACUCUUAAAGGAGCUUCAAAAAGGACCCCAGAAAGUGAUGCUAAAAGCAAGGAAUCAUGUACAAAAUUUCGGAGGUUGAGUACCGAUGGUGUUGACAGUAUCGUACAGUGCAUGCCCUUAACAGGUCGCACACACCAGAUUAGGGUACACUUACAAUAUUUGGGCUUUCCAAUAGCAAAUGAUGAUCUCUACCUGCACUCCAACGUCACCAAGCGUUCCAAGGCAAAUACGACAGCAGACAGAGCUGCUAAAAUUCCGGAGGUUCCAGAAACCAUAUCAGAAGUUAAAGACAGCUCCAUUGCUGUUCUUUCUACUGUUUCUGUAGACGUGAAUUACAGCGAUGAGAGAUUAGAUUCAAGCAAUGUGACUGCUCCGAGUGUUGCUGUCACAAACACCAAACAGGGUGAUAAUACUCGUGAGGCAGAACGAGAGAAACUUCAGGAGCAUAGCAAGAAUGCUGAAAUUAUCGACCGUCGAUCAAGUGAGGAUGCGGAAAACGCGUGCUCCAAUGGUGGUGAUCUAUUAGAGCCAGGUGUAUCACUGUCAAUAGAAGCUAAUGAAGUUCCUGAACUGCAAAAGGAGCGUUCCCAAUUUGUUUCUAAGAGUAUAAAUCCAAACUUCAUGGUCGAUCCUCUGUGUACCCACUGCCCCAACAUGGCACCUACAGGGUAUACUGGUGACGACGAAGGACUGUGGUUGCACUGCAUCCGCUACUCAGGCAGCAAUUGGACCUAUGAAUGUCCUCUACCCGAAUGGGCUCUGUGAUAAGGGCUCAGUUUUCUAUUAUAGGAAGCGCCAAGAAUAUUCACUCUUAGAUAUUAUGAAAUUUGUUCCAUGGUGGGAGCAGGACUCUCAACUAGAAGAAUUUUGUAGAUAAAACCCUUCCAUCCAGAAUCUGAUUAACCUCUUUCAUCAAGGUUAUAACUGUCCCAUUCUAGUUUUUAUUUGCUUAAUGUGUAAAGUAUUCUGCAUUUAAUUAGUUACAUUCCAAUUCUAAACUCUGCCGUCUCUUAAUAUAAAUCCAGAUGUGCAGUUCAACCUUGAUUAGGUGAAAUAAAUCUGAAGCAAACAGGGAAUUCAAACUAUGAGGUUUAAAUGGC